AUACACAGUCCUCAUCCUCCCGCCUUCUUUCCCCACACACCCAUUCUCAGGUCAGGAGGGGCCACACUCACAAUUCCUCAAAAUCCCAAAUUCUUAUUCCAACGCUACCCAAAUGGCGACAAUCUCAACAUGCUUAACAAUCACACCCACAUCUCGAUUACUCACCUUCACUUCUUCUUCUUCUUCUUCUUCUUCUUCAACCUUUCACAAACCCUUAACCAAACCCUUUCUCCCUUUCCCGUAUAAUAACCGUAGAAUAAUCAAUAAAAGGAAUUGGGCUUUUGUGGCACCGCGUGCUGCCGUUGAUUUGGGAAGAGAUAUUAGACCGGGAGGUGCUGUGGAAAGUGAUAAGUUGCCUACUGAUGUCAGGAAACGGACUAUGGAUGCUGUUGAUGGUUUUGGUGGUAGGGUGACUAUUGGUGAUGUUGCUAGUAGGGCUGGUCUUAAAUUGAAUCAAGCUCAGAAAGCUCUUCAAGCUAUUGCUGCUGAUACUGAUGGUUUCUUAGAGGUUUCUGAGGAAGGUGACAUUUUAUAUGUGUUUCCCAAAGAUUAUCGGUCAAAGCUUGGUGCCAAGUCAUUUAGGAUUAAAGCUGAACCUUUUAUUGAAAAGGCUAAGAACGCUGGAGAAUACGUGAUUAGGGUGACUUUUGGGACAACACUUAUUGCAUCCAUUGUUAUUGUUUUCACUGCAAUCAUUGCUCUUCUAAGUAGCAGCAAAAGUGAUGAUGAGCGCGGGAGUCGUAGAAGCAGUUCAAAUAAUUCAGGGUUCAAUAGUUCAGGGUUCAAUUUCUUCUUUAGGCCAUCAGAUUUAUUUUGGUACUGGGAUCCAUAUUACUAUAGGCAGCGACGAAGGGUACAAGAUGAUAACAAGUUUAACUUCAUUGAAUCAGUCUUCUCCUUUGUGUUUGGAGAUGGUGAUCCCAAUCAAGGAAUUGAAGAAGAGAGAUGGAAGUUGAUUGGGCAAUACAUAUCAUCUAAUGGUGGUGUUGUUGCUGCUGAAGAACUGGCUCCAUAUCUUGAUAUAGAAUCUACGGAGAAAAUUAAGGAUGACGAAUCAUACAUGCUACCCGUUCUUUUACGAUUUGAUGGUCAACCUGUAGUUGAUGAAGAGGGAAAUAUUCUAUAUAGGUUUCCAUCUCUUCAGAAGACAGCUUCGCAAAAGAGCAAGAGAAAAGAAUAUGUUGGGAAAAGAUGGGCUGAUUGGGUUGGUGGAGUUGAGAAAUUUUUUGAGGAGAAAAGAUGGGAAUUCAGUAAAACUGCCUCAACAGAGAGAGCGUUGGUCGUUGGUCUGGGUGGCCUUAAUCUCUUUGGAGUUAUUGUUCUCGGAACCCUGUUGAAAGAUGUGCCGGUUACGGUUAGAACUGAUGGGUUCAUUAAAUUUGUAACUGACAUAUUUCCUCUUCUUCAGAUUUAUGCUGGUUCCUUCUUUGCCAUUCCUUUGGUUCGGUGGUUUUUAAUUCGGAAAAGGAAUUCUGACAUUGAAAAGAGAAACAAAGCUAGGCAGCAGUGUGCAAAAGUACUUGAAUUACCUGACAUUUCAUUGACGCAAAAGCUUUUCAGCGCUCGGGACAUGGCCCAAAAGACAGUUAUAGGACAGGAUCAAAUUGUGUAUAGUACUGACAAGGACUUUGUUGAGCAAGAUUAUGAAGUUGACGAUUGGGAUAAAAAAUUUCGGGAGCUAGAGAGAUCUGACUGAGAAGUGUCAACUGUUAAACGGGUGAAACAGUUUAGCCACUAUAUAUGAAUAAUGUAUUUCAACGUUGCUUCGGUGGCAAGUAGCAAAAUUAUGCUGCUUCAAUGAUUGGUCAUAUGCAUGAAAAUUUCAGGCUCACAUUUUAUCAUUGAUCCCUGUAUUUAUUUACAUUUCAGCAGAGCCUAGGCUGCAUAGUUCUAGUUCAUCUCUUUUGGAUUGUGAUCUAUCUAUACAAGACUAAUAGUAAAGGUUCUAGUAGGAAAAACAAGAUUCAUUGUAAGUAUCAUGGGUUUUAUGAUUUUUUCCUGAUUGAUCCUAUUGUGCAGAAGAGGCAAAGGAAAAAAUGAAAAUCAAUAUUGUGCAA